AUGGCUGGAUCAGAAGAAGUCAAUAGCCAUCCGGUAGGGAACCGUGAUGAUGCGAAAUUCCUAGUAACUGGUGCUGAGUUAAAAGCAAUUGUGAAUGAUGUGGUUGCAAAGGCCUUAGAGCGGCAGUACACUCCUUCUUCUUCCCACCCACCCCACCCCUUCUUCUUCCCCAAAUCACCACCACGAUCUCAGCUCCUCCCCCUAAUACCCACCACCACCACCAAAUCCCCAAAUUCUUCAUCAGGGGGCGAUUUUGUAAAAUACUCUGAUUCUUCAACCCUGGCCCCCAAAAGUAGGAACGGGAACUUUAAUUUGAUCAAGACUGCUUCGAUAGUAUCAGCUUCGGCCAUUUUUUUGGUUCUUCUAGCGCUGAUUGCUCUUUACUUCUGUACCCGAAGGCGGCCCAAGUCUGUGGCCAACGAGUUGACUCAAAAGGAAGUUACUCUUUUUAUCAAUAUCGGGCUCCGGUUGAAUUUUGAUAGCGUGAUACAGGCAACUGGUCACUUCAAUGCUAGCAAUUGUAUCGGAAGCGGUGGAUUUGGGGCAACGUAUAAAGCCGAGAUCUCCCCGGGGUUCCUGGUGGUGAAAAAACGAUUGGCGGUAGGACGGUUUCAAGGUGUACAACAAUUCGAAGCUGAGAUCAGAACGUUAGGGCGGCACCGCCGCCGGAAUCUUGUGACACUUAUCGGAUAUCACGCUAGUGAAACGGAAAUGUUCCUAAUCUAUAACUACCUACCCGGUGGAAACUUGGAAAGAUUCAUUCAAGAACGAUCGAUGAUAGCCGUUGAUUGA